GUAAUCGGUGCUCUAUGUCCCGUCCUGUUUUCUGUGAGGUUAGACAAGACUGUGCAUCCUAUUCCGUAUGAGAGGCCGUGGCUCUGGAAAGGUGAAGAGUGAAACGAUGCCACCGUCCUCGCAUUCAAACUGGACGAAGCCGCUGCUCAAGGGCGGACAGAUGAUGCAGAUGCAAGUCAAAAGAGCCAACUCUAUUACGAACCAAAAUCAGAAUGGCAAUGGUGAUCACUCUACUUCUGUGGACAAGAGAAUUAAAGUAGUGCUAGUGGGUGACGGUGCCGUUGGGAAGACGAGUCUGGUUGUAUCUUACUCUACCAAUGGUUUCCCCAGAGAAUAUGUUCCUACAGCCUUCGAUAAUUAUAAUGUUGUUGUAAAUGUCGACGGACAACCGGUCAACGUUCAACUGUGCGAUACCGCGGGACAAGAUGAUUUUGAUCCGCUGAGAUCGUUAUGCUAUCCAGAGACGGACGUGUUCCUAGUUUGCUUCAGUGUUGUAUGCCCGUCUUCUUAUCACAGUGUGGCGUCUAGAUGGGUCGAUGAAGUACGAAAAUAUUGUCCUAAUGCUCCAAUUAUUUUGGUGGGAACAAAGAGCGAUCUAAGAUCAGAUGUACGAUUGACAUUACAAUUGGCGAGAUACGGUCAAGCUCCAAUCACGACGACUCAAGGACACCAGUUAGCGCAGAGACUGGCUGCUGUGAAUUACGUCGAGACGUCGGCAUUAACCCAGCAUGAUCUAAAAGAAGCCUUCGAUCAGGCUAUAGUUAGUGCACUGAGCACGAGACGCGGUGGUGCCAAUUUAUUAUAUCGUCGAAGAAAACCGCCAUCGUUAUGGCGCAGGUGGUUGUGCUGUAGGGAGAGGCCACCCUCGACGGGCUCGUAGGAGUUUUAAUUCAAGCUCUCUAGAUUUCCGCUGUGAUCACUCGUGGCUGCCUCGCUAUCAGAGUCUCAUUAAAUUAUUGAUAAAUUAACGAAAAUUAUAUUUAUCGAUGUGCAUUUUCGUACGUACCGUUGAACGCGGAUACUCUGAAUUACUCUGUGACAUACAGUGAGAGAACGAUGAACUUUUACACGAGAGACCAGAUGUAUGUCCAUCUAGCAUCAUGAGCUUUGCUAGUAUUUUAUUUGCCUUGAACGUCCUCUUCGCCCCAGCUAACCCUCACGCACAUGUUGAGAAUACAAAAAUAGUUGAGAGUUAUUUGCUAUUUUUGAUUAUAUUUUUAAAUCUGCAAAAAGGCUACUUUUUUAAAUGCGUGUUAUGACAGCUUGUACCAAUUUUUUUAAAAGCAAUUCAUACAAUUUCAUAUCAUGUCAAUGAAGAAACGUCAUACUGCAAGGUUAACGUAAAUGUAUUCAAGAUAGAUCAUUAUCGUGACACAUUCAAAGCAUAAUAUUGAGAUACGACUUAAUUUGACUUUUAUGACAGACUUUUUAGAACUUUUGUUAGUUCUCAGCACUAUCGCGUAUAUAAUGAUAAUUAUAUUGUAACGUUAUUUUUUUUAUCUACCUGAAGCUUUUAUAAAUUUAAUUGAAAAACAUAUGCUUCAUUUUUUAUGAAACAUAUGCUUUGCUAAACUGAAAUGCUGUUAGGUAAACAAUAUAAAAAUAACUGAUUCAUUGUGUGCGUUAUGCGUUACUAAUUAACUGAACAUUACUAAUUAGAUCUUAGGAAUUAAACAAACAAACAGGGUUUUCAAUUUCCUUGAUUGCUGUGUCAUGUAGAUUACUUUUAUCUGCAUUUAAAACUAGUGUUUGUUGUAAUAACCAUGCACCAUGCACAAGGAGAAUAGUAUGAGAUUCUGGUGGCCGGGUCCUAAGUCACUGCUAAUAUUCCUGAUGCCUAAGCUGGCGUAAUUUAUUCUAAUAUUAGUUGUAUUUUUAUUACUAUGUACUAGAGUAUUGGCAACUCGCCGGUUGUGAUUUUAUGUCAAUGUUUUUCGGGGCUUUUUUUAUGUUCACCUUUGUGAUACUUAGUUUCGAAAUUCGUUUUAUCAAUACGAGAUAUGUAUAAACCAACACGACGUAACGACAGAUUAUACAUAUUACUGGCAUGUAAUAUUGGAAGCAAAGAAACUGGCCUCGUUUAUAAAAAAUAUAGAUGUCACGGAAAUACUGAAUAGAAAAGUAUGUAAGAACAUGCGUUCUAUUUUUGUGUAAAUAAUGGAAUAACAGUAUGCUAUUAACGCUGUCUGUUUUCUGUAAUAACAGGGCAAAGUUUAUAGUGACAGAAAUGUUAUAUCAAGACCUAGAAUCACUACUACACAAAGGAUUUGAGCUUGUAACGAUGUUAAAAAAAAAAUACUGCUGUUUUGUACCACAUUGAACAAUAAUCAAAGUACAGCUUGUUAGUUAAAAAGAUAGGAAAUAUUUUAUAACCAAUGUUUUGAAAUAGAUGAAAGAAAACUUAGUUGCUAACGAACUAGUACACGUUUCAUAAAAGUGUUACAUUAGUCCCCUUUAGUGUUACCGCAAGUAUACUCGGGGUAAAUACUAUUGAAAUACAUACUAUGAGAUACAACCGUAAGUGGGAUAAUGUUUAAACGUGUUCUAGAACUUAUAGAUUCUUUUGAAAAUAUUGACAGAUACGUUGAAAAUUUCAGUACAGUGGCGUCAUCAUUGAGCACAUUUCUUAUGUAAAAUGUUUCUUUUGUUUUUAUAUGAUGUUAUUUGCAUCGAUAUUUCGAUAUUUAACAACUAUUCUGAUAUGAGAAAGUAUGCAUAAGUUUCACAAAGUGCUUGUACAUCAGAAUUAGACAGCCCCUUGAUCUUGCCGAUUUCGAAUCGUCAUAUUGGCACGAAAUUAAGGCCGAAAUAAUUGCAAUUGAUAAAAUAUUAAUUUACUAAUAUGUAUAAACAAAAGAGCAGGUAUUUCUUGUUUUACAUAUAGCUAAGGAUAUGUUCUGCGUUUAUAAUCUAUACACAUGACGCUAUGAAUAUUAUUACUCCUAAAUAUGUUAUUGUGUAUC